AUGAUACCCUUUGUUGGCAGAUUAACAUUAAAUGAAUGGUUACUUAUAUUUUUAGUAUACACCGAAAAAUUACUGUCUAUAUUUGUGUCAAUAUUUGUGCCGAGAAAACUAACCAAAUUCUCUCAAUAUAUAUUAAAUUUAAUAAUAUACACCAUAGUACCAGGAAUUACUAAUGAUGGCAAGGGUACUAGUAACGGCAGCAUUUCAAAAGAAGAAUUAAAAUUAAUUAAUUCUAAAAACAUAAAGGAAAUGCUCGAGCUGUUGGAUCCAAAUUUGAAAAUGGAAGAACAUAUCGUAACUACGAAGGAUGGCUAUUUACUUACCCUACAUAGAAUACCACCACGCAAUAUUAAUGCUAAUGGCAGUAAUGGUGUGAUUUAUUUACAUCAUGGGUUAUUGAUGUGUUCAGAUAUAUGGCUGUGUCAUACGCAUGAUGAUAACAGCAACAGAGAACGUAAUUUACCACUAUAUUUAUAUUAUUUGAAAAAUUAUGAUAUUUGGUUGGGAAAUAAUAGAGGGAAUAAAUAUUCUGCGUAUCACGUGGAUAGAUCAAUUAAUGAAGAAAAAUUUUGGGAUUUUAGUAUUGAUGAAUUUGCUAUGUUUGACAUACCAAGUACAAUUGAUUAUAUAUUAAAUAUAACCCAUGUUAAGCAAAUUAAUUCAAUAAUUGCGUUUUCACAAGGUUCGGCCCAAAUUUUUGCUUCUCUAAGUUUGCAUCCAGAAUUGAACUCCAAAAUUAACAAUUUUAUAGCAUUGGCACCUGCGAUGACACCUCCCGGAUUGUAUAAUCCCAUUGUAGAUACUUUAAUGAAAACGUCGCCUCAAUUGAUAUAUUUGUUUUUUGGUAAAAAAAUAUUAUUACCAAGUGCAAACACUAUUUGGUCCAAAGCGUUACCAUUGCAAUUUUUCAUCAAGUCUAUUAAGUUGGCAAAUAAAUUUUUGUUUAAUUGGGAAUCACAUAAUAUUAAUAAAUGUGAAAAAGUUGCUUAUUUGAAAUUGUAUAGUCCUACCUCAGUUAAAUGUGUAGUACAUUGGUUUCAAAUUUUAAAUGCUCAAAAAUUCCAAAUGUUUCAAGAUAUAUCAUCACGUCACCUGAAUGACGACAGCCUAUUCAAUGCGAUGAGGUUUCCUACAAAAACGAAUAUCAAAAUACCAGUCCUUUUAAUAUAUGGAGAGACUGACUCUUUGGUGGGGGAAUCAGCCAUUAAUAUCAUGAUGAAGAACUUGCCAGAAUCAAGCACCUUCAAAGUGUGUGUUAAAAAUCAUGAGCAUUUAGACAUUAUCUGGGGUGAUGAUGUCGAUCAGGUGGUUUAUCCUCAUGUUUUAAAGUUUAUUGAAUUUUGGAAUUCAAAUAGUGAAGAUAUUACUGCUGUAAACACUAUUGGCAGUGUCAAUGACCGCACAUUGACUGGUUGCAAGAACCAACAACAUGAUCAAAGUAGAAUUGCUAAUAAAAUUAAUACUACUGUUGGAAGUGCUAAUAAUAGUAGGAAUAACAGCGUUACUAAUAUCAAAUUAAUCAAGCAUAGUAAAAGGCUGUCUAUUUGA